ACCCUGCCGGUCUGUCGGGUCGCGGGUGAACCGGGUCCACGGAAGGCGUGUGUUAGAAUUUGGUAUCAAAGCAGUUCGGUUUUGGAAAAAAACAUAUUUUGUCGUCUUGUUCAAAAGGUAUUUUCAAAAAGUCCACAGCCGCAUCUCCCAUCGCAUCACUCCUAGGGAAAGGUACACCAUUAUUUAGAUCACAUGUAUGUCAUAUUAUAAUUAGUUCUGAUUUAAGUUAUUCCGUUAGAGAAUGAGUCAAGCAGCUGGCAAUGACGGACAGGCGGUCCCAGAGGGGGAGCCUGAGCACGUGAGCGUGCACACUGAAGCGUCGAGCUUGACACCUCAGCAAGCCUCCGAGCAGGCGGUCCCGGGCGUGGGCCCUAUACCGGAAGCCAUCCCUAUCGUCCAGCCGCAAUUCGCGGCUAACUUCAUGAACUUCCUCCAGCAGAUGGCUGGAGCUUACGUGCCACCACCGCCGCCACCAGUGGCGGUGGUCACCAUCGAGAAGCUCUGGAAGAAUGGAGCGGAAGAAUUCUUGGGCGAUCAGAUCGCCGACCCCAUGAUUGCCAAACGGUGGUUUGAGCGAACCAUCCAAGUGUUGGGGAACCUGAGGGUUCCACAGGAGCAGCGUGGCGACCUCGCAGUCGCAUUACUUCAGGAUUCCGCCUACGACUGGUGGAAGCGUGUAGGAGCAGACGUCCCGGAGCCCGUGCAGUGGGCCACAUUUGACCGACUCUUCCAUGAAGAGUACAUCCCUGAGCACUUCGUCGAGGCAAAGAGGGAGGAGUUCUUGAAAUUCACCCAGGGUGAACUCACACUGCCUGAGUAUCGACAGAGGUUUGACGAACUCGCGGGGUUUGGGCAGGACCUCGUCCCGACCGUGGAAAAGUGGUGCAAAUGCUUUUUGGAGGCCUUACGUCCCAAUCUUUCGGCUCAUCUGAUCAUUGCUCCUCAGAGUGACAUCAACGCGUUAUACAAAAAUGCGUUGGAUUUGAAUGCGGCUCUCGCCAAGAAGGCUGAGUAUGAGGAGACGCAGGGGGCGUCAACAGCACCAUCUCGUCCUCCUCCACCCCAGAAGGCGGGGACCAGUGGCAAGAGGUCCUCCGCAGCGCCUAGCAGCUCUCACCAGAGCAAGAAGGUGAAGUCAGCCCCAGCCCAGUCGUCUGCGUCCGUCUGGAAGAAGGGCAAAAGCGGUGAUGGGUUCCGUAACCCAAUCUGCGACCAUUGUGGGCGCAGGCAUCUAGGAGAAUGCUGGUACACUCUGCGCUUGUGUCUUGGGUGUGGCCAGACCGGGCAUUUCCGCAGAGAUUGUCCGAAGAAUUCGGCCUUGAUUGAUCUGGGUUCCACUUUAUCAUGUGUUUGUAUGCCUAUGCCGGUUAUGCCUAACAUUCCGAGGGAAGACUUAGACAACCCAGUAAUUGUGUCCAACCCAUUGGGACACAGUCUACGACUCACCCAUGUGUAUCACGACUGCCCAUUAGUGGUCCAGGGAAAGACCUUCCCUGCAAGUCUCAUUGAGCUUCCACAUCGUGAGUUUGAUGUUAUUCUAGGCAUGGAUUGGCUCACCGCCAACCAAGCCGUUGUUGACUGUGGAGCGCAUACGGUGCGGCUAAGAGCCGAAGACGGUAGCGACAUUCUGAUCCGUGGUGAGCUUCUUCCAAAAGCUCUAGAAUUCAUUUCCUACAUUCAUGCUCGUGGACUCAUACGCAAGAAGUGUGAAGCAUUCUUGUGCACAGUGCGUGACACUCGUCAGGAGGCGCCUAGUAGGGGGGACAUCCCUACGCAGCAGAUAGCAUCAGCCCAGAGCAGCGAUGAUUUUUGUAUCCAUACCGUUGAGCUCGUCUCUCGAGGAGAGAAGCCGGAUUUCGCAGUUCGUGAGGGUUGCGAUGUCGUCACCGCGGAUGAGCAGCCCUGCGACCCGAGCGCAAGUGGGCAAAUCAAUCUCUAUGUCGUAGAGAUUGAUGCUGCUGCGAAUGGUGUCCCCGUCACGGCGGAGAUUGGAAUAGAAAGCCCGGACAAAGGCGGGAUUGAAGCUCGAGCGGCUCUUGGAGACGAAUGGCCACAAACCCGACGCUUGGAGUUGGUUGUCGAGGUCGUGGUACCCUUUGUCUUGGGGAAACAACUCCGGGAGCACGCGAGGUGGAGAGAUCGGGCGCUUGGCAAAGUGAGUGAGGAAGCGUGUUAGUUCUUCCUCCGACCCGAACUCAAGAAAUGAUCCGUCCAGGUGUUCUCAUAUUGUCUCUUCUAUUUUGAGAAAAAAUAUUUUUAUGCACAAAAACAUUUUGAUAAUUUUUCUUAGGUUGUCUACCAUGAACGUUUUCAUUCCUAGGUUUUUGUCUAGGUUGUCUAGUGUUCUUAGAUUGACUAGGUUUUCUAUUUACUUGAUUUUUAGCUUUCUUAUGUUGAGCCUUAGGAGGUUGUCUAGGUGUUUGCUCAACGUUUUCUUUAUCCUUAGCUUCGUUUUUAUUAAAACCUAUUCCUUCUUUAGAAAAAUGCAUGGUGUCAAGGAGUAAAUUAAGAUCUUUGUGUGGAGUAUUAAAUUUCUUGACCGUACUCUCAAGUUUUGUGACUUGUUCCUCUAAAGCUUUGCAAGAUUCACAUUCGUUUGAGGAACUUUCUGGUUUGUCGGCGCUUCUUUUGCCAUAAAAUUUAUUCUCUUGU